AUGGAUAUGUCCAAAGUUUUGCCAGACGAGUGCCUAGCGCAUAUCAUCUCCUUAACAUCGCCGCAGGAUGCGUGUCGAUUUGCACUGGUCUCUCAUAACUGCCAAUCAGCUGCCGAUUCUGAUGUCGUUUGGGAAGGAUUUCUGCCGUCCAAAUAUCUUGAGAUCGUAUCCAGCACUACAUCAUCCUCACAGCUAACUUCUUUAUCCAAGAAGAAACUUUAUCUCCAUCUUUGUAAUAACCCCAUCCUUAUCAACAAUGGUAUCAUGAGCUUUGCACUAGAGAAGCAAAGUGGGAAAAAAUGUUACAUGGUUGGAGCAAGAGGACUUUCAAUUAUUUGGGGAAAUAGUCCUGACUAUUGGACAUGGAAACCCUUACCAUACCAGUCUAGGUUCUCUGAAGUGGCUGAGCUUAGGUUUGUGUGGUGGCUCCAUAUCAGGGGGUGGAUAGAGACUAAAAUUUUGUCUCUGAAAACAACCUAUGCGGCUUACUUUGUGUUUAAGUUCACUGAUUACAAAUCUGGUUUUAGUGAGAGACCUGUUGAACUGAGUGUCAAUUUUGAAGGAAGUUUGGGAGGAGAAAAUCGCCAUGUGUUCCUCGAUGUCCCUCCAGAGUUUGAUACGCCACGACCGCCUCGGGAGAGAGGUGAUGGGUGGAUGGAGAUUGAGAUGGGUGAGUUUUUCAAUGACAAUGGAGAUAAUGGCAGUGUGGUGUGUGGUCUAAGGGAGGUUGAUGAUUACACCUCUAAGCAUGGUCUCAUUGUUGAAGGAAUAGAGUUUAGGCCUAAAGAGGGUAGAUAA